AUGAAUAUUGCAUGCAUUUCGCGUCGUUUGUUCUGUACACGAUGCGGUCUCCGGAAACCGUCACCAUCAUUUUCGACAAGUAAUAGGUUUUUGUACACCAUAUUUUAUCCGAAAUCGCUAAUUGUUCUGCACAGAUUGAAUAGUGGCGGUUUGAGGAGGAACACUUAUCUGUUUCUGGUUAGGAGUCUUUCAAAAGCUGCCAAGCGAGAACCAGCAAAGGUUCGGAAUGUUCGGUGGAAAGAUUUGCGCGAUAUUUUUUCACUUGCAUAUCCUUGUAGGAGACGAAUAUACACUGGUUUAUUGUUUCUGGUUAUCGGGAAUGCUAUUGGCCUCAUUUUGCCUCGUAUAAUUUUCAUGUUUAUUGAUAUCGAUGGUAAUUGCGAAAAAGAAGGAGACGUGAGAGAAAAUAAAACUGAUGAAAAAAAUAUGUAUUUUAUUUUGGCUGCCAAGUAUCUCAGAGUGCAUUACAUGGUACUAUUCGGCCUUUUUUGCAUCGCUGCCGCCUCCUAUGGUAUCAGGCAUUAUUGCAUGCACACUGCAGGUCAACUCGUCAUCAAUAAUUUAAGACAGGCAGUGUUCAGAUCGGUUAUUCAUCAGGAUAUGAAUUUCUUUAGCAAGAAUAAGGUUGGCGAAAUUGUAAGCCGCCUUUCAACUGAUGCGUUAAUUGUGGGUCAGUCGGUUUCAUCAAAUUUAACUGUUGGUGCGCGAGCUUUUAUGUCUUUCUUUGGUUCUGCUGUUAUUAUGGUGUAUACGUCACGAGAGUUAUCUGAAGUGGUUACUUGUCUUACGGCGGCAAUCAUAACCUCAGGGUAUUGUUUCGGUAAUUUGCAAAGAAAAUAUACGUUACAAAUGCAGGAAGUAGUCGCUGCAUCUAAUGAGGUUGCUACCGAAAAAUUUUCAAAUAUCGUAACCGUGCGGACUUUGGUUUCCGAAUUGAAGGAAUGUGAAACAUACAAAAAAAGAAUUCAUCAGCUUUGGGUUGUUUCUUGUCGUGAAGGUCGUGCAGCAGGUUGCAUGAUAGCCCUGCACGAAAUUGCGAUACUUGCUUCUCUUUAUACAAUUGUAUAUUACGGUGGACAAUUAAUGAAUAUCGGAACAUUGACAUAUGGUGACCUUCUUGCAUUUAUUUGGUAUGCGAGUUUAUGCGCUCUUAGUCUUCCUGGAAUGGUCAACUUUUACACGGAACUUAUGAAAGGUCUAGGUGCUAGUGCAAGACUAUUUGAGCUUCGUAACCGAAUUCCUGAAGUACCAGUAAGAGGUGGUCUGUUAAAAAGGAGUAUCACUGAUGGGAUUACUUUCAAAAAUGUCAGCUUUGGUUACCCAAAUCGCCCGCUGUUGUUUACGGAUGUCUCUUUUCACAUACCAGCAGGCAAAACCACUGCAGUAGUUGGUCCUUCUGGUUCUGGAAAAAGCACAAUUGCCAACCUUAUACUAAGGUUGUUUGAUUCUAAUUCUGGACAUAUCCUGAUUGAUAAUGACGAUUUAAAAUCAAUAGAUCCAUCCUUCUGGCGGCAACAGAUUGGCACUGUAGCACAGGAACCGAUUUUGUUCUCGACAACAAUAAGAAAUAAUAUUAUUUACGGUUCAAAACAUCCAGAGUUAAUAAUGGACGUCCAGUUGGAAGAGGCAUCAGAUCUAGCAAAUGCUUUGAAUUUUAUCAAAAAUCUUCCGGAUGGAUUUGAAACCGUCGUUGGUGAACAUGGGACUUCCAUGCUUAGCGGUGGUCAACGUCAAAGAAUUGCAAUUGCCCGAGCGCUCAUUAAUGACCCAAUGAUGCUUAUCAUGGAUGAAGCAACAAGUGCUUUAGAUGCUACAAGUGAGGAUUUAGUCCGAAAGGCUAUUUUAAAAUUAAUUAAGGACAGUAAAAAAACUGUUCUUAUUAUCGCUCAUCGCCUUUCAACCAUCAAAUAUGCUGAUCAGAUUGUGGUUAUUAAUAACGGUAGAGUAGAAGAAAUUGGAACAUUCGAUGAAUUAAUGCUCAUCGAAGAUGGCGUUUUUAAAAAUUUGGUGGAAAAACAAGCAGUUAGUUUCAGUUAG